AUGACGUACGAAAGCCACAUUUCCAGCCCUAUGCCGGGUUUUACAGCCGAGCAAGCUACGUCCUUACAGGCCAUGAUCGAUGCAUCCGUCAAAGCAGCAAUCGGACAGGCUAUCAGUCAGGCUAUGACAGCCUUCGAGACCAGACAGCAACAGUCAAUUGUGGAGAAAACUGCGGAGAAAACUGCGGAGAAAACUGCGGAGAAAACUGCGGAGAAAACUGCGGAGAAGACUACGGAGAACAAGAGCACGGGCAGCAGCAGUCCUAUUCAAGCCGGCACGCUCUCCACUAUUCCACACCAGGCUACUAUGCACUAUUGCAGAGAGUCUGCCAUUCGCCUCAGUAACGCUCCACUUCUCUCCCCUCUUCUCGCCUCUUUUCUCGCCUCUCAACUCGCCUCUCCACCUGACUACAUUCACUACGCGAAAGGCAUGGAGGCUACAGGUCAAGGAUAG